AUGUCUCUGCGCAUUCCAAUUUCUAUGCGCGUUAUAUAUAUACCUGGAUCUGAUUUUGAUCUCUUCGAACUGCCGAUGGCGUCGUCUGUCUGUGGAACAACAACUUUCGACCUUGCUGGACACGAGGCUACGCCGGGUAAGACCCGUUCUCCGAGUGCCGGAAUCCAGCGUAUUGGAGGACCACAAACACCGUCUGUCGCAGAAAAUGUUGACGAAGAGUACCAUUCGCGACGAUACGUCAACUGCUGUGUUCCGUUGCUGCGAGACCUGGCCACAACGAAGGAGCUGCAAGAGAUGAGCAUUCAACUUUUUGGAAGUGGACAAGGACUUCGCCACAGACGACCGCUCAGGAAGGAGAGGGACACGCAACCCCACGGGAAGAUGAGUAUCAGCUCACACCUCCUAUAUAUAUACAACUCCCUACACAACGUGUCGACCACAAUCCAGAUGGGCGUGCCCGGGUCUGCUAACACCAUCGUCUCCUCACUCACCUUGUGGUACACGCCCGCGCAGAACUGCAGCAACGCCUCUGGACUAGAAUCUUACGGAACCAGAAUGCCGUUUCAUCCCCGCACCGAAUUUGAGGCUCCGGUCAACCCAGAGGAGUGUGGGGAUCGCGGGGACUCGCUGAUGAGUUUUUCCUGGACUUCUGCUCACUGCUUGCUGACUUGUCGAUACACCCUUUUGGCGGCCAGGCGACCCGUGCUUCACGGUGGGACAUGUUGGGCUGGGGAGGGAAGUGUCGCAACCGGAUCCUCCCACAAUGACCUAACUUUGGACGAGCACAACCGACUCUCUACCCGCGAAGCGCUCGAAGACUUGUAUGCCAUGGGAAGCCCAGCCAUAAUACAGUCAACGCGCUACGGCACACUGUCGCCCGCGUCACGCACCGCACACCACGCACCGAUUCGGACGACAUCUCCAAUGUGCAAGGUAAUUUUGGGAGGAGGACUACAGCAACACCACGGAAACCUUCCAAGCACCCACAAGACGGCACUGGGAUCUGUCGGCUUCACGUCAUGCCGUGCUGCUCCAUACGCCAGCGUGCUUGCAACGGCGACACAUGCAGACUUCCAACCAAGUCUCGCCACUACGUGCACGUCGCAUUGCCGGUCGAAGCAGCGAGCCCGUCGCAGAUGA